UAUUAAAAUAAUUAUCUAUUAUUUAUUUUAAGUUCAUUAUUUUGAAUUAUGGAAACUGAAGAAACUGCAACUGUUAAUCCUUUUACACUAAAACCUUUAAACUGUGUAAUAUAUCCUGGUAUUGUAAAUAAUGGUGAACGAGCUAUUGAUAAUCUGGGUGGUAUUGAUGAAAUUGCUCAUGCAUUUGAGAUUCCAGAUGCUUCAUUAAAUGUUAAUUUAGUUAAAUCAGAAUUUGGACCACCGCUUGCAGGAAAUAAAAACUAUGAACGUUCGUUAUUGAUUUCUGUCAAAAAGAAAUAUAAAGUUAAUAAAAAAACUGGUGAAAAAGUUUUUAUAGAAGUAUUACCUGCUAAAAUUAUUGGAUUCGUUCAAAAAACAUUUUCAUUUACGAGCAUUGUAGAUUUUGCAUACUUUCCAUCCCAGCCAAAUUGUUCUGAACUAUGGCGUUCAAAGAAAUUAUUAGAUAUAGAAUGGGCUUUGGAAAAAGAUGUACCUUUGGCAUUGCUACCUAGCAAGCUUAGUAAAUUCAAUGAACCGCAGUCAGAUUUUUAUGAUCUUCUAAAUCUUAAAAAAUUAGAUACAUUAUCUAAAAAACAUCGAUUAAGACCUUAUGUACGUAAUUUUACUAAAAAUAAUCGUUUUGAAGAUGAUGACUUGCCGCCUAUGCCACUAGAUUUAUUAAAGUAUUGUUUAACUGUCAAGAUGUUUUCACCUGACGAAAAAAGAUUGAUGGACAGACUUUUUGAAAAGAGGCCUAUCUGGGUUAAGCCAGCAUUAUUUCAUUUUGCUAAAGUUAUCAAUAAAGAAAAGAUGAAAUACUUAUUACCAACCACUGGAUAUUUUACUACUACUGGACCAUUUCGACGUAUGUGGGUUAGGCAUGGUUAUAAUUACCACACUGAUCCAUCUAACUAUAUUUAUCAAGUGGUUGAAAUUCGUAAUCAUUGGUUAGAUGAUCACAAUCCAUCAAAUCCCAAAAAUGUCAAAUUCAAAAUAGAAGAUUAUAAUCCCAGUAUGACUGAAAAACAGUUUUAUUUUUCUCCUAAUUCUUUUCCUUUAUCAAUUGUUACCAACUAUCAAUUAUGUGAUAUUCAUUUACCUGAAGUUCAAGACAUGGUUAAAAAUGCAUCUCUAUCUGCUACAUGUAGUAAACACGCAGGUUGGCUUAAGAAGGAGUUUAUAGAUGAUAUACGAAAUGUUAUGUAUGAGUAUUUAGAAAGAGCAUGGCAGAAAUAUUUAACUGGAGAUUUACCUUUAUGUGGUAAUGAACAUAUUAAGUUAUAUAGUGAUUACAUGGAAGAAGACAAUUUAGAUUAUACUAGACAACAAAUAACAAGACAAUUAGAAGGAGGAAUUGAUAAAGAUAACCAUAAUGAGAAUGAAAAUGAUGAGUUUGUUAUGGAAAGUGACACAGUUAAAGAUACAUAUGAAGAAUGGGCUACUAAACUUGACCGUGAUGAACUUGCUAAAAUAAUUUUUUCAGAUAACCGUAAUAAAACAGAUGUUUCAAAUUCUAAUCCUUGCAGUGAUGAAGAAGAUGAUGUAGAUUUUAAAUUGGAUAGUUUAGAUAUUUAAUAGUUUUAUAUAAUUGUAUCUAACUGUAUGCUAAUA